AUCGAUCUGAUGCACUGAUAACUCCAGCCUAGAAAUUGCAGGAGGGCUGAACCAUAAGGUUGCGCAAGGCAUGAGGAUCAUCGAAAGUGCCCCCACCCUAGGUUAGAGCGGAAACCUCUUAAAUACUCUGCUUCAUUCUCUCUGCUGGACAUAACACUGUCUUGCCUGCGUACUAUUUGUGCAUCAGGAUGUGUCAAAAAAUGGUGAUGCAAAAAAUUAUUUUCGCUGCGGUGUUGGUGUGUGCUGUAGCGAGGCCGGAGCCUCCAUCGUCGUAUGGUCCCCCGGCGACGUCAUACGGGGUACCUGCCCCGCAGUACGGUCCCCCUCAACAACCGAUUGUUCACAAACAUGUCUACGUUCACGUCCCGCCUCCCGAUAACGAAGUGCCCAAACCCCAGAAGCAAAUAUACGUGCCUCCACCACAAAAACACUACAAAAUAGUGUUCAUCAAAGCACCAACACCGCCAACGCCGACCGCACCAAUUAUUCCAGUACAGCCUCAGAACGAAGAAAAGACACUCGUAUAUGUGUUGGUUAAGAAGCCUGAGGAUCAACCUGAUAUUGUGAUUCCCACACCUGCCCCGACACAGCCUUCCAAGCCGGAGGUCUAUUUCAUCAGAUAUAAGACACAGAAACAAGACGGUUACCCUGCUGCAGCGCCUCCAGCUUCUCAAUACGGUCCACCCGCUUCAGCUCCAUCUUCUGAAUACGGCGCUCCUUAAAAAUAUAAAAUUGUUUAAAUAUGCUUUCCUUAGAAUACCUUUUAACGUAAGUAGGAAAACAAAAAAUAUGUACAUAUAUAUUUCUAUUUUUAUAUGCUAAGUUUUUUGACCGUGACCGCAAAACGAUAAACUGUAGUUAGAUUGUGCCAUUUUUAAACCCUCUUAGUUUAUGUCUCCAAAAAUUUAAACUUCGAAAGUUAUAUUUCUAUAGACUAUCGAAUAUCGAAAAAAAAUUCUAUUUCUUGGCAAUCGAAGCUCUCAUUACGUAGAUAGACAUAGCUACAUAAACUGUAACACAAAUUAACCGAUAUCGUGUCGUAGUAAAUACAUAAAAAUAUUAUCUGUGAUAUCCGAAAUAAGGGUACUUAAUAAAUUAAUACACAAGAUUUCAAAAUUCGACUAUUUGACGAUUAUUUGAAAUUUAUAUUAUUUGUAUUUAUGUAUUGGAACUUAUCAAAUUUAAUAUUUAUAUAUUGGAAACCUAUACCUACACAGAUGAUCGAGUAAAGCCAAUUGCCAGCCAGUUACUUUGAUUAGUUCAAUGGGUCAUGCGGGUACAAUCAUUAAAGAGAAACAUCAAAUUCAGCUUGAUUGUAUUAAUUCCAUAAUGCAAAAUAUA